UAAUAAAACAUUUAAACUGUUGGUGGAUUUAAUUCGCUUUACGCUCGACAACCGUGUGCGCCAGAACGCGUACGGUUACGGUUUGACAAAUUGGCUCCGGCCGGCUACCAUCGGCUGCUUUCGCAUCAACAAUAUCAAUAUCGAUAUCAACAAGAGCAGCAGCAGCAGCAACAGCAGCAACAGCAGCAGCAACAGCAAUUUGAUAAUAUGACUGCCAAUUUGAAGGGACCGCCUCCGCAGGGGCGCCAGUUUACGAUAGCGGAAACGCUGGAACGGAUUAAGGAGGAAUUUAACUUUCUCCAAGCACAGUACCAUUCACUAAAACUCGAAUGUGAUAAGCUGGCGAGCGAGAAAACGGAAAUGCAGAGACAUUACGUUAUGUACUACGAAAUGUCUUACGGGUUAAACGUAGAAAUGCACAAACAGACCGAAAUUGCCAAACGACUGAACGCCCUCAUCGGCCAGCUGCUACCGUUCUUGGCGACGGAACACCAGCAACAGAUCGCAUCCGCGGUUGAGCGGGCGAAACAGGUCACGAUGCCGGAACUGAACGCCAUCAUCGGUCAACACCAGCAACAGGGAAUUCAGCAACUUUUACAGCAGAUCCACGCACAGCAGAUACCUGGCGCACCACCGCAACCGAUCCCUGGGCUGGGUGCACUGGCAGGACCGCUAACAGCAUUCGGUGGCCCGAUGGGUUUACCACACGGUGCGCCACAAAGCAUGCUUAAAGCGCCACCCGAUCUACAUCGGGAAGAUUUAAAGGUACCGCUCGGUGGACCAUCGGCUGAGGAGCGUAUGCGUAAUUCCGUGUCACCGGCCGAUCGGGAAAAGUAUCGACCACGAUCACCCCUGGAGCUGGACGGCGGGGAAGCCAAACGACGGAAAGAGGAAAAACUCAACCACGAAAGUGAUGGUGAGAAAAGUGAUCAGGAUUUAGUGGUGGACGUCGCGAACGAAACGGGUUCACCUUCACCCCGACCUAAUGGCGAUCAUCAAUCGGACCGUGGCGAUCGGGAUAGCAUCGGACUGAACGGUAGCGACAAGGCAGGAUCGAGCAGCUUGAAGGGUGCAAACGAUCGACCACCAUCCCGUUCCGGUUCAAGCUCGUCCCGAUCAACGCCCAGCCUCAAAACGAAAGAUCUCGACAAACCAGGCACUCCCGGAGCGAAGGCCCGUGUUCCCACGCCCAACUCGUCCACACCCGGUGUCCCGAAAGCCGUAGUACCUUCACCAGCCGCCGGCUACCCACCCUCGCCAUAUCAGCGUCCGUCGGAUCCGUACGCGCGGCCCCCGCCCGACCCAUACGGUCGGCCACCGAUGCCUUUCGAUCCCCACGGCCACGUACGCACCAACGGUAUUGCGCUACCCGUGUCAAGCGGAAAACCUGCCUACUCCUACCACAUGAACGGUGAAGGUGCCCCACAGCCCGUGCCGUUUCCUGCCGACGCCCUAACAGGGCCAGGUAUUCCUCGACAUGCCCGCCAAAUCAACACCCUAUCGCACGGUGAGGUCGUGUGUGCGGUCACCAUCUCCAACCCGACCAAGUACGUGUACACCGGUGGUAAGGGAUGCGUGAAGGUGUGGGACAUCUCACAGCCCGGCAACAAAAGCCCCGUCAGCCAGCUGGACUGUCUGCAGCGAGACAACUAUAUACGGUCGGUGAAGCUGCUACCGGACGGCCGUACGCUGAUCGUCGGUGGGGAAGCGUCCAACCUUUCGAUCUGGGAUUUGGCGAGUCCGACGCCCCGGAUAAAGGCGGAACUAACGUCGGCUGCACCGGCCUGCUACGCGCUCGCCAUCAGCCCCGACUCGAAGGUGUGCUUUUCGUGCUGCAGCGACGGUAACAUUGCGGUGUGGGAUCUGCACAAUCAGACGCUGGUGCGACAGUUCCAGGGCCACACGGACGGAGCGUCCUGCAUCGACAUCAGUCCGGACGGAUCGCGCCUGUGGACAGGUGGGCUGGACAACACGGUACGGUCGUGGGAUUUGCGAGAAGGUCGGCAGCUGCAGCAGCACGAUUUUAGCUCACAAAUCUUCUCGCUCGGCUAUUGUCCAACGGGCGAAUGGUUAGCGGUCGGAAUGGAAAAUUCGCACGUCGAGGUACUGCACGCGACGAAGCAGGACAAAUAUCAGCUACAUCUGCACGAAAGCUGUGUACUUUCCUUGCGAUUUGCCGCCUGCGGCAAAUGGUUCGUCUCGACCGGCAAGGAUAAUCUACUGAACGCGUGGCGCACGCCGUACGGUGCAAGCAUUUUCCAGUCAAAGGAAACCUCAUCAGUACUAAGUUGUGAUAUUUCGACCGAUGAUAAGUACAUCGUCACCGGGUCCGGUGAUAAGAAAGCAACGGUGUACGAGGUGAUCUACUAAACAGGGCGUGUGCGUCAGCAGUACGAGC